AUGCGGGCGAAAAGUGCCAGUGCUUCAGAAUUGAGCCUCAGACAAAGCGACGAAUUGCCGUUUAGUUUCCGCUCUCAAAGAGAUUUUAAUGCCGCACAAGAUCUGCUUCGAUCUCGAAGUGAAUGUUUUCUGGAAUCGAAGCGCGCGCGUGACAAACUAAUUCGCGAGGAGGAAAUAAAGAAUAGAACUCCAUGGGAUAUGAGACCUCCUGACUUCACACUACAACUCUAUCAGCCAAAGCCACCGAAAAGAAACAGUAGAUAUGCCAUGAUACCUGGUUACAACGAGGACGAAUGGAACAAAAAAGCCAGAGAGAAGAGGAGGCAGCGAGUACAGUUCGAACCUAUCCCGCUACCAAAAAUUCUACAACAACCAGUAUCGGAUAAACCACCUUUCAGGACCCUGUUCCGUGUUCCUGAUUCUCAUCAAGCUAAAAUAAUGUAUGUGAGGAAUGGUAUUCACAGGAGGGAACCUUAUACUGCACCAGGACCACAUGCCUUCAGAGGAGAUGAUUUCAGGCCGGUAAGUACUUCGGGUGGCGGAAAUUAAUACUUUUGUCUGCGUGAACUCAUUUGCUGGUGAUUUUUGUGGUUCAUUUACAGUUGUAUAUCCUUUGUUCUUGUGUACGUUUCUGAAGGAUAAUGAGUUGAAAACAAAGGAGAUAAAAAUUGAACCAUGGUAGUGACACAAGGCGAAUUUAUACUGAAACAAAGGUGGUGGACAAAACAGUGACUGCAUUCCAUGGACUACGCCGCUGAAGUUUAGUGAUUAUAGUGUUAGGAGACUGAGUGAAUCAGGUUCCAUUUAGGGUCAUUAUAACGGGAAAACUGACCUGAAACUAACUGACUCACUCAGUCCAUAUGGAUACCUUAGUAAUACAUAGAGGUAGUCCAUGGACUGGGGGGUCAGCGUUUUGUCCACUUAAAAGGAAUUAUCCAUCGGAGGGCUUGUUUAUAUGAGGUGAGAGCCAAGCUUGCUCAGUUCAUGCCUUAUUUCCUCUUAAAAUUGUUGUCGUGUUUAUAUGAGAAGGCAGGCUAGCUUGCUUGCCGAGAUCUCAGCUGUAAAAUCAACUGGAGAAUUUGUCUCUGGGAUAAAUUUCGCCACUGUGUGUUGACUCUGCACAGAGCUCCCAAUCAGCUAAGUGCCCUGUACAGGAUGGGCAUGUGCCAACCUUGGACCGGCCAUAUUCAUUCACUUUAACAAGGUUUCAUUAGCCUGCUUAGCAGGUGGAGAUUAGUUUUUUUGUUCCUUUUUCUCCCCUUGAGAGAGAGUGCGUCCUCGAUAUAAUUUCAAAGGAGAGAAAGAGAGAGAAAAAAAAGAAAGAAAAGUACCAAAUUGUGAACCAAAGUCAGAUAUUAUCUCAGAAGUAAUGUCUUUAUAUACUUAGAAGCUGGCCCAAUAUUACUAUUAUUUUUUUCAUUAUAUACUUCUGUCAAUAUCGAUGUAGCUGGAAAAUCCAAAAAAGUAUGGCCUGCCAGAGUUCACCACUGACUAUGAACAUGACCCUGGGAAUCUCAAGUUCCACUCCAGAAACUUGAAUGUAUUGUAUGAACGUAAGUAAACCUGUUGCAGUGUUUUCUUUUUCCUUUUCCUUUUUGUGGUUAUUACAAUAUCCUAUCACAUUACUGCCACAUUUUCAAAAAUUGUGUAAUAAUGUUGAUUGUUUUUCUUAAAUUUUAAAUAUUUCAACAAAAAUUAAUUUCAUUAUUUUUUUUAUCAUCUAGCCUACAAAGAUCAAGACUUCUUGAAUUCCAAAGAUGGCUACAGAAAACAGAUGAUAACUUAUAAAGAGAGGGAUCCAGAAUGGGAAUCAUCACUUAUCUUGACAAAAGGGGUAGGUACACUGGCCACAAGCUCACUGCAGAUUGAUUUUGAUUGAUACCACAUUGUUAACUGUUUUUAAAGAGGUUCUGAAAGGCUGACCAUUUUUAACAAACUCCCCAAGGGAGGGCUGGAGUGGGGUCUUGGCCCUUAAAAAUAGCUGUGCAAGACUUUCCAUUGCAGGGUAAUGGCUAGAUACCACUAUUUUCUGGAACCACCCAAUAAUGGUACCUUGUUAUCUACUCUGGUUCUUGCAUAAAACCUUUGAUAUUAAAGGGAUCAAACUUCCAAGCUACAGAAUGUCUCUUUCCUUGUGCAUGCCAUAAACUUCAGACGAUUAGGAAAACACUCAACAUCUUGAACCAUCAUGUACUCAUCAUCACCAUCACCUUCAUCAUCAUCAUUAUCAUCAUCGUUAUCACCUGUCCAGUAACCUUGACUUCGAUACCACAUGCAGUAAGUUACAUCUCUACUGGGAUGAAUACUUCUAAAUAUUUUUGUAUUAAAGUAUGAACCCUGAUGUUCACAUCACAUUAAAUCAUUUUUAUAACCAGCCAUACAAGAGAGGACGUUCACCAAAGAGCGCUCUGAUGGACAGGAUAGCUCAACAGCUACCAUGGUGUUCAGAUCGCGACAAGUUAGAGGAACUAAGAAGACCAGAUAUCUUUGACUACAAAACAGUGGAUUGGUUAGAUGUGACAGCCCACAGAAAAGAACUCAAUAGGAUAUGACAGAUGGGAUCACAUCUACAUACUACUUCUAAAGGAAGGAGAAGGAAAAACUGUGAAGAUUCAGCCCUUAUUAGCAAAUCAGGGUUGCUGAUCACUGAGUAUGAAAUUGCUGCCUAUGGAAAGUAGGGGAACGGCCCCUCCCUCCCAACAAUAAAAACCCCUGACCACAAGUGAAGGGUGACAAGGAAAGGCUGAUUGAAAUAGAGUAAAAAUUCAUGUUAUUUAUGAUGCUAUACUGUCCAAACUGGGUUAACAAUGGGCAAUCUGACAUGUUCAAAAGUAGUAGCCUAUUUGAGAAGUUCAGUUUGCUCACCCUGAAAGGGCAGCGAUGUACGUCUCAACAUCGGUAAGUUUAAUUGACAUGAAUAGCAUCUUAAACAACAAUUUCACUUCAUUUUAUUGAUCUUUGCAAAAUGCUUUGCAGUUUUUAUUAGAUAUUAUUGACAAGGAAGGCCUCAUCUAAAAGGGUGUGUGAAAACAACUUAGCUCCAAGUAACUUUUGUUGAAUGUCUAAAUUCUUCCCCCAAUUUAUUUUGUGUAAUAAUGUGGAACGUGGGGAGAAACUGACAUGAGAUCAAAAGUCAAUUUAGGGCUUCAUGCACUUCUCUGUUUGCUGAAUCUAAGGACUUUGGACAGUAUGCAUGCCUGCUAACCCACAUGACUACACAAAGAGUCACAUUUAAUACUGGUAGUUCUUUUCUACAUAACUACAUGUGUUACUCUGCUAGCAGAUGUGAUUUUGCUGUACAUGCAGUGUUUUUUAGACCUGUCUUACAUGUACUUACUCAGGUGAGGGCUUCUGCACCAGCUGAGCAAAACAAUUCAUUGAGU